UAAAAAACACUAAAAUAAAAAUGUCAUCAUUUGUGCUACUAGUGAGUUUUUUCUUUUAUUUCCUUAAUAAUUUCUCAGAAGGCAAAUUUGCAUGCCACCCAAAUGACAGAAAUGCCCUUCUACAAAUAAAAUCACACUUUAUUAACAACGCUUCUACCUUCUCCAACUGGGUUCCAAACACGGAGUGUUGCUACUGGUCUAACGUCGGGUGCGACGAGGAUGGCCGAGUGGUCAUCCUCGUCGUAAACGACGCAGACGAUGUAGUCGGACAGCUCUCGCCCGCCAUCGGUGACCUACGUUACCUACAAGCGUUACGAUUUUGGAAUCUCCCGAACUUAACCGGGCCAAUUCCUAGCACUAUUGGUAAACUUACAAAGUUGCUAAUCUUGGAUAUAAACAAUAAUAGUAUGUCAGGACCAAUUCCUAAAGAAUUAGGAAGGCUAAAGAAACUUGAGCAACUUUUUAUUACGUCUAACAAGUUUUCUGGCUAUAUUCCUCCGGAUUUGUCCCGCCUUUCAAAUCUCGUAUAUCUCCACCUCUUUGGGAACAAGCUAACCGGCUCAAUUCCAGCAAGCUUUGGAUCAUUCAACACCAAUCUAAGUCUUCUACUAUACGAUAACCAAUUAUCCGGUCCAAUUCCGAAGUCAAUAGGUCAGGCAAAGCUCUCAAAAGUAAGCGUAUCAAAUAACCAACUAUCAGGCGAUGCAUCUUUCUUGUUUGGGAGCGAUAAGACAGUACUCACCGAUGUAUCACUAAGGAAUAACAAGUUUAAGUUUGAUUUUAGCAAUGUGGACUUGCCCCAAGGUCUAAGAAAUCUUGACAUUGCUCAUAACAUGAUAUAUGGAUCACUUCCGAAACGACUCGGACAACUCCCGUUGCAGUCGAUUGAUGUAAGCUACAACAAACUUUGUGGCAAGAUCCCAACAGGACGACGAUUAAAGACGUUUAGUCCUUCCUUCUUUGCCCACAACAAAUGUUUAUGUGGUGCUCCUUUACCCCCUUGUAAAUAACCCUAUAGAUGAUUGGGUUAGUAAUUUGAGUGAACGAGUUGUGUUUGUGUUUUUUAAUAUAUAUUUGGGUUUUGCCCUUAAA